AUGAUAUUUUCUAAUAUUCCAAGAUCACCUUCUAACUAAAUUUCAACCUCCAUUUAGAAUUAGGCAGGAAUAAAUUUUUAAUCUUAGGUGUAGCAUACUUAAAUUCCAUAAUAAAAUAAAAUUACUCCUAUAAUGUCUACUAAUAAAAAUACUUUGACCAAAGAAGCUCCAAAAAUAUUCACAAAUAUUCAAACUCCUUAUUAAAGCGGCUCACUACAUAAUGGGUAAAGAUAUUCUGCAACAUAGAUUAAUUUAGCAGCAACUUCUUCUAUUUAGCAAAAUUAACUAUCUUAAGUAAACCAUGUCUUUUUUAUGAGUCCUUAACCUUCUGAAAAGAGAAUACAUAGCUAAGAACCUGCUAGGAAUUCAUAAAAUGUGAUUAAAAAAAGCAAUAAUAAUAAUAGAAUAUUUACGACUCCAGAUAUUUAGCUCUAUCAGCCAUUAUCACCUCCUCUUCAUUUAUAAUAGAAUAUAUUUUUAGAUUAACAGUAGACACUAAAUACGUAAGAAGACAAAAAUCCUAAACCGUUAAUCUAGAGUAUAGUAUUUUAGCCUUCUUAAAAAGCAGAGAAUUUAUAAAAUAAUCAAAUUACAAAUGAGAAUCAAAAUGAAUUUUAGCAAAUUUAUCCGUUUAAACCAAACUACGAAAGCAUUAUUGAAGUUGGUGGAAGUUAAAACAAAGGUAAUUUAUAUGCUGAUGAAAAAUCUUAAAACACAUAAUAAUAAGCUUUGUAAGAAGAUUAGUAUGCAGCAUUAGCAAAGAAGGUGAUAACUGAGUACAAAUUAGAGCUUUAAAAAUUUAUAGAUGAAAAUGCUGAAGUUAUAAUAGGCGAUUAAACAGAAAAUUAAAGAAAGUUAAAUGAGAUAUAAGAGUUGAUUGCAAAUUCUAAGACAGAUGUUUUCAACAAAAUAAAUAAAUUCUGUUAAGAAAAAUUAGAAGCAAUUACUUAUGAGUAAACAAUUAUUUAGAAGUAGAUUUAAGAAUUUCAGCAAACCCUAAAAGUCAAAGUGGAAGAACAAUAUUUAAAUCAGAUGGGGAAAUAAAUGAAUGAAAAUAUUUCAAAGCUGAUUGAAACCAAAUGGAAUGAAAGUUUCUCUUAAGUUUAAAAAUAAAUAGAAGAAUGCCAAAAUUCUUUUUAAAUUUUAGAUGGAAAAUAAGAUAAAGCUUUUAUAGAAGUUGGACAGUUUUUAACAAAGCUUAAAACAGAUAUUGAGAAAGUUUUUUUUGAAGGAUAGGCUUAUUUCAAAGCAAAUUUAGAUGCAUUUGGACUAAAUUUAUCAGAAAAAAUAAACACUGCUGAUGUUAAAAGUGUUUUUAUUGAAAUGAAUUAAGGAUUUUAUGAUCAAAUAUUGCCAAAUCUAGAUUCUUUAAAAGUUAGAACAGAUGCAAUUAGUGGAAGCAUAAAGGCAAUGGAAGAAGAACAAACUAAAAAGAUUGAAUAGCUUGAAUAAUAGCUAAGUGGGUAUCUAUCUUCGUUAGCCAAUGGAGUUGAAAAACUUUAAGAUACAUAAAGGAGAACAGAUUAGGCAGCAGUCUCAUUUUAAAAUGCCACCUCUUGCUUGCAAUAAUAUAAAAAUAAAUUAGAUAUGCUUGAGAGCAUUGUAAGAAAUUUAGUAAUGACUAGCAAAAACAAUUAAUACUCCAGUGAAGCACAAAUGUAAAACAAGGUCGAUAAAUUAGUAGAAGCUUUAUCAAAAAUAUAAGAAAAUUUUAAAUUAUUAAAGGAAAAAUAUGAAAAAGAGUCAGCUGAAUGGAAAAAAUAAAUUAAUAAUAACUCAACACUUAAUGAUUCUAAAGUGAACUCGACAAUAGCUAACAAUUUAUCCAGUUAAUCAAUAGCUAGUUUUAAUUCUUAGUUAAUUCAGUUAACAAAUUAAAAUAAACAGCUGUUGGAAUCUUUGAGAUUUAAAGAGUAAAUGAUCUAAGAAUAGAAAAUGCUUAUUGAUAAUUUUGAAAAGAAAACUUAGACGCAAUCGUAAUAACUUGUCGCACUUAUAAAAGAGCUCAAGUAAAUUAAAUAAGAAUCAAAGUAGAGAUAAAAUGUAAUACAAGAAGCUAAUAAUUCAAUGUUUUCAUCUAUUUAGUCAAAUAAUGGAAAUAAUCACUCAAUAGCUGAUUCACUUUAACAAGAUAUUAUGUCUAAUAUCUAGGUCCUUAAUCCUAAACAUUAAACGAGCUAAUAAACUCCUUUUGAUUUUAAUUAGUUAGAGGAUUAUUAAGAAGAAUUCGAUGAUGACUGUGAUAAUAUUGAUGAUGAUGAUGAAGUUUAUGAUCAAGAGCUAUCUCUUAAUGGUAAAUGUCAGACAGAAGAGUAUCAAAAUUAGAGAGAAAUUCAAAGCUACUUUAAGAAACUAAGAACUGAACAAUCGUCUCACCCAAACUAACAAAAAACAUUACAUAAAUAUGAAUAAGACAUUUUCUUUUAUCCUCAUGAGAAUUAAAAUAAUGAUUUGAUGAUUUAAACCUGUGAAGUUAACUUAAGAGAUUUAAAAACUCUUUCAGGAUAAGAAUCAUAUAGAUAAAAUAAAUAGUCUUUAUUAUAAACUCAAUAAGCUAACUUAUUUGCUAAAAAGCCAUUAGCAGGAUUUAGAAAAUAACUAAGACCAAGAAGAACUGUUCAAAAAAGAUGUAAUACCGAAUCUAAUAUAGAAAAUUAACUACCACAAGCUUUCAUAAAAUCUCCAACUUCAAAUACAGUCAUCUCAAUUAAUAACAACUGCAAAGAUCCUACUUAUUCUAAUAGUUCUAUAUAUAAUUUAAAGACAGAGGGAAGUCAAUCAACUCAUUAAACUUCAAAUAAGUAGUUAACUUCUCAAACUAUAAUAUAAUAAAACUCUUAAAAUUGUUUCUCUUAACCACUUAAAAAUAUAAACACUACAUCAUAUAAUCAAAUACCUAAGCUAGAAUCUUCAAAUCACACUUCAUAACAAUUCUAAACACAAAGUAACUCCCAAAGCUUAAACUCAAGCUGCGCGGUAAAUGACUUAGUUCAUCUUAUAAAAAGAAGAUUACUUUACAACAACACACUUAAAGAGUAAAAAGAAUAAAAGCUUAAGGUUAAAAUAGAAGAAAAUAGAAAAUUAAAAGAUGAUUACGGAAAAUUCAUUUAUGAUAAGAAUGGAUAAGCUUUAAUAUUUAGUGAAGAAUAGUUGGAAUAUUUGGAAUAGGAAGCUUAGAUUAUCGAAAUAAUCAACAAAAAUAAAUGA